AUGGACUACGAGCACCUCUCCCCCGGCGGCUCACACUCACCGUCCGGCACGGACCCUAGCCCGACAGCCAACAGUACCACCAUCACCACCAACACUCAACGGCCCGCCAGAGCCUGCGAGUAUUGCCGUCUGCACAAGGUCCGCUGCGACAUUGACCCCAACGACCCGUCGCGUCCAUGUGGCCGCUGUCUCAAGGCCAGCAGGGAGUGUGUGAGCAACUCGUACUCGCGAAAGCGGAGGAAGACCACAGAUUCACGGGUACUUGAGCUGGAGAGGAAGGUCGAGAAGCUGACGGAACGCCUCGACGCAGUGGAGAAUGGGACAGGAAUUGGUGGGCCGGGAAAGACCUCUUCUGAUGACGCUCCUCCUGCCCUGGUCGUGCACCCUCCGGGACCACUACCCCGCGCUCCUCUUGCCAUUGACCCUGUCAAGUAUCUAAAGAGGGAUGUCAUAGACCGCGGCAUCAUUAGCAUCGAGCUCGCAGACCGCAUCUACGCCCACUAUAUCAACACCAUAUCGCCAGUCUUUCCCGGCGUUGUCCUGCCCUCCGCCACAUCCGACGAUACCCGCCGCCAAAAGCCCACGGUGUUUCUCGCCAUUCUCGCCGCCUCCUCCGCAACAUUCGGUGGUAACCUACAGAGCACGCUCCAGCACGAGCUUCUCAACAGCUACUGCGAGCAGAUCAUCCGCCGCGGCGUAAAGUCGUUGGAGCUUAUACAGGCCCUCACAAUAUCGAUAUUAUGGUAUUACCCCCCCGAUACAUAUGGCGGGAAUAAUAUCAGCCAAUUUAUACACAUGGCGGCCGUAUUGGUUCAUGAUAUUGCGCUCACAAAGCCCCGUGGGAUUAAGAGAGCGCCACCGCCCCAGGAUUCGGCCGCACAGGCAGAGCAGCAGUUGAAUGAGCAGUUCCCAGUCAACGCGGGCUGGAGGUUCAUGAUCUGGGGGGCUAAUAGUGACUCGGCGCUACCCGAGUCUAGGAGGGCGCUUUUAUCUUGUUACUUUCUGUGCUCAAACAGUUCCCGCCUUCUACGCCGUCCCUGCCUAUUGCCAUUCACACGGUACAUGGGCGAGUGCAUCGAAUUCUUUGAGACAGCCUCUAUCACCACCCCCGGCAUCGUACCAACCGACAGGCACUUCACCCGCUGGAUCCAGGUCUCGCACAUAGCAGAUCAGUACUGCGCUGCCAUGGACGCCACUGAUAUCACCUCCGUCCACCGCCACACAAUCCUCACCGACUACCUAGGCCGCCUCAACACCUGGCACCACCAGACCGUCUCCGCAGCCCUCAUGACCCCCGCACUAUCUCUAUAUCAUCAAUGCACUGUUAAGCACUUCUACGACCGCCUCCUUCACGUCGAACACAUCAGCGACGAAGUCCGUCCCUUCAUCUUCUCCGAGAUCAUUCCGGCACCCGCCAACCCGCCGUCGCCAGCACCUCCACAUGCUACCACGUGUCUGACGGCCGUGCAUGCGUGUCUGGACACGUUCCUGUCGUUCCCGCCGGCGUUUGCGGGGAGGCUGCCAGCCCUGUUUUAUAUUGAGAUGGGGUAUUCGGUGGGGCUACUUGUAAAGAUGAUCUUCAGGGGCGGUAUAGGCAAUGUGGGCUUUGGAAGGUAUGUGGACCGGUGCGUGGUGUUUCUGGAGGAUGUGAUUAAGGGCGACCAGGCCCAUGCAGCGGGGAGGUUGAAAAGUAUUGUGGCGGGGUUGAAGGGGUGGCUAGAUAAGGUGGGCAGAGGGGAGAAGGAGAGAGAGAAGGAGAGGGAAAGCGAGAGGGAAAGCGAGAGAGAGAAAGAGAUGGCCCCUGCUGCUUCUGCUACUACUACACAAGCGGAGGUUGUGGGGUAUGGGGCAGGGGUGGGUGUGGGUGCGGGUGCGGGGGCAGGGUUGACGGAAGGGUGGGGCGGGAUGGGGAUCGAUCUGGCGGAUCCGAUGAUGUGGGAAGGGUUCCCACUAACGGAAUUCUUACAGAUGGAUUCGGUGGCGGGGGAUUAUGGGGCUUUGCCGUGGAGCUAG